GCAUUAUUGAAAUGGCUGCCAUCACUUGACAGAUUGAAUUUCCACUUGUGUGUGCUGGUAUAACAGAACGCGUCCUUAGCAACCGUAGACCGGUAUCCAAGCAACGAACGCAAACAUUCACUGAUAUCCCGCAGGAACAGCUACUUGUUAACAUUUGAUUCAAUUCAAUAUAUGUAAGUUUAAAUUAAUAAUCCAAACAAUAAUGUCGUCCCAAGUUCUCGUGUCCCGGCCCUAUUUUGACACCCGUGCCGUGGCGCAGAACGGCUCGCAGCCGCCACUCACAGAACCGGAGACCACCGUCAAGGAAAACCUAUACGCCGGUACAUCCGCCGGUUUGGCCACAGCAGGCUACCGAAGUGCUAAAUACACAACCGAGGAGUGGUUCGCCAAUAACUCCGCGCUGUUAAACCGAGCCGUCGCGAACCGGAACCACGCGGAGAGGAUCCGUCAGGAGACCAAAGCCCUGAAAGCGCAAACCGACGCCGGGACUUUGCGCACUCAGACCGCGGGAACCAAACACCUGGGCGAACGCCUGCAGGACAUCCACCGAUGGAGAUCCGAGCUGGAGCGCUUUAUCGAGCGGCUGGCUGCAGAAACAGAGCUGCUGACGAGCACCAGGCGACGGCUGGAGAAAGCGCUGGACGCCACGGAGAUUCCCUUCGCCAUUGCCACUGAUAACCUCACCUGCCGCGAGAGACGCUUCGGUCCGGAUUUGGUGAAGGACCAGGUGGAAGAGGAACUUCUGAGGGAAGUGGAGCUGAUCAGAAGCGUUCAGGCACUGCUACAGAAAACUGUGGACCAAACCAUCAAACAGAUAAAGCUGAACCAGGAGGCUAAGCAGACUCUUGAAUUAGACUGGUCCGAUAAACACCAGGCUUAUGGUUUAGAUGACCAAUGUGGCCGCUAUAACAACAACAGCAUGGACACACAACGGCACCCGAGUUCAGCUGUUCUGCAGGAUCAGGUUUGUGAUCAGGGGGUGUGGAGUAAGUUUACACAUGAUAACCUGCAGCUGGCGGAAAGAGAGGAAGGGGCGAGUCAGGCCCUGCGGCAGCUGUGUGAUCAAGUGCUGCAGGACGUCUCCGAGGACCUGCGGGCGCAGUGUGCCGCUGUGGAUCUGGCUUUUAACCAGCGCUGCAUGGAGCAGAAUCAGGCCAAAACACAACUGGAGCUGCAGCUGGCACAGAUCUUGGAGCAGAUUGGGGAACAGGAGAGGAAUAUUCAAUUCCUGCAGCAAGCUGUGCAUGAUAAAGAAGCUCCAAUGAGAGUGGCUCAAUCCAGACUGCAUUACAGGACCUUCAGACCCAACAUGGAGCUCUGCAGAGAUCAGCCACAGCUUAGUCUGUUAGGUGAAGUAUCAGAGAUCAGCAGUACAGUGUCGGCCCUGCAGCAGCAGCUGUAUGAAGCACGCAGAUCUUUAUCAGACCUGGAGGAGACCAGACUCGUCCUGGAGAAAGACAUCGCCUGCAAAACCAACUCUCUCCUUAUUGAUCGUGAGAAGUGUAUGACACACCGCACACGUUACCCUACAGUCACAGUGCUGUCUGGAUACUGACUAACAUUCAAGUUCUGGAUUCGUUUAUUUGUUUGUUUGUUUGUUUGUUUGUGUUUGCUUUUUCAGAGUAUUUGCUGUAUUUUUGAGUUUGUGUUUUCAUGUGAUGUAAACUGAUGACAGAUGGAAAACAAAUAAAUUCUCUUUAUAUCACAU